ACAUGUAUUGAUGUAGAAUUGUGUAAAGCAAUGUGUAUGGACAUUAUGUGCACUGAUUCAUUUAUCAACAUGUUUUUAUACCUUAAGAUUUUUUAAUGUGAAACUUGCAUGAGACUCGAACUGGUAUUCACAGAUUUUGGCAUGUUUUAAAGUUUGAAAUUUAAAAUAGGCUCGAACCACUGACUGAUCCAUAAUGAUGAUUAAUUGUAAAUAGUUAUUUUCCGGUAAGAGUCUCCAUCAUAAGCAUUAUUUCCCUCACAAAUGGACAAAGCUUAUUUUGACAUAUACUGUUAACUAGUUCAUUGUUAAGAGUUACAACUCUGUCAACUGUAACACAUUAAGAAUACUGGUAACAUAAUCUCAAAUAAUAAAUGACGAUUAUUAUUACUGUCCAUCUUGAAUUGUGUUUGAUUUAACUUUUGGCCUCAUAUAUUUUAUUGGGCUGACUGCUUGCUAAUGAUUUUGUCAAGGUAACUGAUUCAACAUUGUGUAGCAGAUUUUCAUGAAACUCAAUUUAGUACUUUAUUUCAAUAAAAUUCUAAAUAGCAUUGGGUCAUUUUAAUUCUAAGUUUGCUGUUCCAAAUACUUGUAUUUUUGAUAAGCAUUUGCUACCAAAUUAGUCAAUAUGAUCAAUGCACAUGGACAGACUAGUCUACUGCUACGCUGGUCACAUCUAAAAUAAAACACAUUUUGGCAUGACUUUUCAUAUGUUGACAUCAAUUGUCAGAAUGGGGCACUUAUGAGCCAGAAGGCACAUCAGAAUGGGGCACUUAUGAGCCAGAAGGCACAUCAGAAUGGGGCACUUAUGAGCCAGAAGGCACAUCAGAAUGGGGCACUUAUGAGCCAGAAGGCACAUCAGAAUGGGGCACUUAUGAGCCAGAAGGCACAUCAGAAUGGGGCACUUAUGAGCCAGAAGGCACAUGUGUCUUGGCAAAAUGCAGAGUUUUCCAGUAUCCAAAUGGACUCACCAGGCUGUCAGAUUGUGGGUUGGGAGAAGAGAGGCAGCAUCAGUAUUAGUGCUGCUAUAAGUCGAAGGGUCAAACAGAUGGAAGUAAAUGAUGAAAGGCCAAAGCAAAUCAUCAAGAAGAGCUUCACUGAUGCAGAGGAUAGCGAGGUCUCAACUACUAGUCUGAAAGCCAGCCUUAUCUGUCCAAUUGGCAAGUCCCGUCUAGUGACUCCCUGUCGGGGUGAACAUUGCACCCAUGUUCAGUGCAUGGAUGUAGUGACAGUUUUGGGCCUGAUAAUGCACCGUCCUACUGCAAAAUGUCCGCUGUGUGACAAGCCUGUCAAAAUGACAACCAUCUAUAUUGAUGCGUUGUUCCAACAGAUCCUGACUGCUGUCCCAGAGGUAGUGACAGAUGUGACUUUUGCAAUGGAUGGAUCAUGGUCAUACACUGGCGAAGAAAACAACGGGGGCCAAUCAGUUGGAAAGUCUCUGAAUAGAAGCAUCAUAGACCUGACAGCAACUGAUGACGAGGUCACGCCAAUCAAGAAAACAAUGUUGGUUAGCUAUGCAAGAUGUCAGCAACCCUCAAAUUGUCAUCCCAGCAAGCAAAAGGACGCUGGUGUGAAACGAAGACUUAGAGCCCCUGACCUCAACAAAGGAAAAGAGAAUGUUUACAGCAAGAAAUCCUUGGAGAAAAGACGGGAACGUAACAGAAGAAACACAAACAAGCCAUAUAGUAGACAGGAUGAUUUGUUCAGCAUCCGAGGUGAUGACCACCAUGGCGGUUCUAGAGACUACAACAGGAAAUAUACAACCAAGUCAAAUGAGAGAAGGACCAACCAAUACUUUGCAUCAGUUAAGUCAGAUGAGAGUUGGUCUAACAGCUAUAAAGGAUCAUAUUUUGACACCGACUAUGCAUACGAGAGCUGCUCUCAACAUUUUAGAGGUGACAGAGAUUACUACACGAGAUCAGUUUGUUACGAUGACUAUGACAAUGAGUUUCCCUCAUACAGUUCUAGAAGUAGUUUUAGAAGUACCUACACUGCAGCAUCUGAGAGACUUCAUUUGCGGUACUUCCCUGGUGAUCGCUAUGACAACCCACAAUGUUACAACGAGGGUUCUUACAGGAGACGAAAUCACAACCAGUUGCCCGAUGAUCUGUAUGAUUACAAUGCAUAUUAUUAAAUUAGUUAAGUCCGUAUACACUGAUUGGUUUUUAGCACUACUGGUCGAAGGCCUGAAGAGCUUAUGUCAUGGCGUGGUUUCCGUCGUCCGUGCUUGCGUGCGUUAGACUUUUUCUUGUUUACGCGAUAAAGUCCACAGUUUUCAUCCGAUUCUUUUCAAACUUGUUCAGUGUCUUUAUAUUAAUGAGGACUCGAACCGUAUUGAAAAUGGGAUACAUCAGAGUAAAAAGUCCAGAAUUAUCUCCCCUUGAAUUUGAGAAAAUUGUGAAAUAAGGCUUGUUUACGCAAUAAAGUCCACAGUUUUCAUCCAAUUAUUUCCCAACUUGCACAGUGUCUUUAUCUGAAUGAUGAGUCAAUCCCUAUUAAAAAUGAGCAAUAUCGGAGUUAUAAGGCCAGAAUUAUCUCCCCUUGAAUUUGAGAAAAAAAUGAAAAUUCAGUUUUUUUAAUGUGAUAAAGUUCAUAAUUUUCAUCAAAUUCUUGGCAAACUUGCACUGUGUCUUUGUAUCAAUGAGGACUUAAACCCUUUUGUAAAAAGAGCAAUAUCGAAGCAAUAAGUCCAGAAUGACUUCCCCUUGAAUAUGAGAAAAUAUUGAAAUCCCGCUUGUUUACGAAAUUAAUUCCACAGUUUUCAUCCAAUUGUUUCCAAAUUUGCACAGUAUCUUUUUAUCAAUGAGGACUUGAACCCUAUUGAAUAGGAGCAGUAUCGGAGAAAUUAGUACACAAUAGUCUCCCCUUGAAUUUGAUAAAAUUCUCCUUGUUUGCGCGAUUAAGUACACAGUUUCCAUGUUAUUCUUUCCAAACUUAGUUUUUAUAGCAGUAGAGCGAUUCAGGCCCUCAUGGGCCUCUUGUUAUAGAGAUACCAUGUUAUUGUUACUAGUAGAUAAGUGGAUUGACAAUAGCUAAUGGGUUGUUUUCUCUAGAGGCUUCUUUAUUAAGAGUUCAGUUUUACAUAAGAGAUGCAUCAUACAAAAAAGAUUUGUAGGUUCUCAUCAUGUCUAUUUAAUCAAAGUCUUUUAAUAAUUAAAGUCUUUAUUGUUACAUAUUUUUUUUUAAUUAUGUAUUUUAAUAAAUAAACAGUACUUGAAUGUUGGUACAUUUUAGUUCCUAUUUACUAUGCAUUGUGUUCUCCUAUAUUAUAUAUAUAUAUAUAUAUAUAUAUAUAUAUAUAUAUAUAUAUAUAUAUAUAUAUAUAUUCUUCAGCAUUCUUUUAAAAGGUUCAGUGGCACAAUUUGACUUAGAUCAAUCUUUUUUUAUCAUACUUGUUAUUAUUGUUUAUUAUCUAAAUCAAUAAUAAGAUUUAUUUUAAGUCUAUGCUUAAUUUUAAUACCUGGCUAAAAUCCGUAGGGGCUUUAUAGGAAUGCAGUUGUCAUUCUGUCUAUAGAAAUGAUGCGAGCAGGCUUUUCAGCAUGCACAAUUUCAAGGUGCUAUAAACUUCCAUCGGUCUUUAUUAUGUUUCUCCAUACAUCUUAAAUGUUUUUAAAAGCAUUGUUAUGACCCUUGAGUGCGUCCAUGUGGAGAAGGAGUAAACUAGACACAUAAACUCAAAGUUUAUUGCAAAGUUGAAGAUAGAAUGAGUAUUUUCUUGUCAGCUCUUAAAAAAACAUUUGGUGUGCCAUUUUCAUGUACUUUGAAUGAAACGUGCCUAUAUGUUUAUAGUAUAAAUUAUUAUAAGACAGAGACAAUGUGCAAAUAGUCACGCAACCUUCAGGUCAAUGUAAAUUUGUAUUUUUACAGUUUCACGAGGAGAGAUAUAGCUGUAGAUAAACUGAUUUUAUGUAUUUUUAUGCUCCCCCAAAAUUUAUUUAUGGGGAGCAUAUAGUCGCCGCUUCGUCUGUCCGUCCGUGCACAAUUUUUGCCCGGGCUAUUUCUCAGCAACUAUUGACCGGAAUUUAAUGAAACUUUAUGCGAAGCUUCACUACCAAGAUGAGAUGUGCAUAUUAUCAGCGGGUUCUGGUCGGAUGAUUUUUCACAGAGUUAUGGCCCUUUGAAAUUUUCUAUAAAAAAAUCUUGUCCCCCAACUUUUGUGCCCUCAAGACGUUUCAUUUUAUCUGAAUAUAUAGUGCAAUAUUGUGACAAAAAAAAUCUUUGGGGAGCAUCACCCGUCUCCGACGGUUUCUUGUUGUAACUGUUCUUAGUUAUUGAAGUGAAAAUAUCCUGACACGUUUUCGUUCUUGACAUUAUCAUAACAUAUUAACGAUGGAAAAUACAAACAGUUGAUAAAA